AGUGGCUCGCACCAGAGGCUAUAGGGCUGCAUGUGCAUGGAUACCUGAGCGAUUGACCCGGACGGCGGAGGAGUAGAAGCAUUGGAAGAGUUUGGAUGCUCCCUCUUUUCCUACUGGUGGAUGCGUGAAUCUUCUGGUGCUUUCGAGUCCUGGAGUUUUUUUUGUCUGAUUACCACAUCUUGCAUCCUCUCUAUCAACAGCGACGUUUCCCCUCGUUGCACAUGAGGGCGAGGCCUGCCAUCCACGUUACUGGAUGGGUGUGCAAUUCAUGCCGUGCCCGUCAAACAGCGGCGACGAAGGGGUAUUCGCUUGUCCCGAGUCGCAGAGCCUCGACCGCGUCUUCCUCCAGUUCGCCCGCCGGUAGUAGCAGCACGCAUCCCACCCAGAAACGAGGGAAGCUUCCCUCAACACCAGCGCGAACUCGAUUUGCUCCCUCUCCCACAGGCAACCUGCAUCUUGGCUCCAUCCGUACCGCGCUGUUCAAUUACCUCCUCGCUCGAGCGACACACGGUCAGUUCCUCCUUCGAAUCGAAGACACCGAUGCAAAGAGAACGAUACCCGGUGCGGAGGACCGGUUAUACAGAGAUUUGAGAUGGGCUGGACUACAAUGGGACGAAGGCCCCGAGGUAGGAGGUCCUUACGGCCCCUAUCGACAGUCUGAAAGACUUGCGUUGUACAAAACACAUAUCGAGACACUCUUGCAGGCCGGACAAGCGUACCGCUGCUUCUGCACGUCGGACCGUCUGGAUGAACUCAAUCGUCGCCGCCACCAAAAAGGAUUGAGCUUGGGAUACGAUCGAAAAUGCCUGAACAGCCUCUCCCCGGCCCAGGCAGAGGAGAAGGCUCAUCGUGGUGAAGCACAUGUUAUCCGCUUUCUCUCUCCCCACGAAUGGCCUCGUUACAAUGACCUCGUCUACGGCAAAUCCCAAGGCCACGGGGCUGAAAAGACCAAGAGACUACUGGUGGAUGAACCCGUAUAUGAGGACGCGAUCCUGAUGAAGUCCGAUGGCUUCCCUACGUACCAUUGGGCAAAUGUUUGCGAUGACCAUGAGAUGCACAUCACUCACGUCGUCAGGGGUUCUGAGUGGAUGGCUUCGACGCCUCUGCAUGUCGCGCUGUAUAGUUCCCUGGACUGGACGCCCCCAGCCUAUGCGCAUGUCCCACUUCUAGUCGACAGCAACAAGCAAAAGCUCAGCAAGAGGAACUUCAACUCCGAUAUCUCACAGUUUCGCGACCAAGGGAUCUUUCCCGAAGCGCUGAUCAAUUUCGCCGCGCUUUUGGGCUGGUCGCACACCCAGAAGCGAGAUGUCAUGGACCUCGCCCGGCUCGAAUCACUCUUCGACCUGAAGAUCACAAAGGGGAACACCAUCGUGUCCUUCGACAAACUGAAUUUCUUACAGGAACAACACGCUCGCCGGCGAGUGCUGGCCGGGGGAGAGGAAUUUGAGCAAAUGAUUCGUGAUGUGGCUGUUUCUGUGUUGGAGAAAUACGGCGCUGGGAGGAUCAUGCAGUUUCUAGACACGGGAUCGCGGAAAAGGCAGUUGAGAAAUGUCCUCGCCCAGCUACUGAAGGUCGAGUCUCUGCACUACCGCUCACCAUCUCAGUUCGCGGAACAGUGCUCUUUAUUCUUCGAGCCUGUAUCCCUAGGCGACUUGGACGUAGGCGGAUUCGCAUUCCUCCACCCUCUCCGGGUCGCAGCGUCAACUCUUGCUUUGAUACCCGAGGAAUCCUGGACCAGAGAUACGCACCUCUCGCACCUCCGCGCUCUCGAAGCGAGCCUCCCAGACGAGUCUGUCGACCCGAGGACCUGGAAAAGGGAACUGUACCACUAUUUGCGCUGGGCAUUGCUGGGCGGGAGACAAGGGCCCGGCAUCGCUGAGACGCUGGAGAUAUUGGGGAGAGGGACGUGUAUCACGAGGAUCCAAGAAGCAAACUUGAGAGCCCGAGAGCUGGAGACCGUUCGGACCAGGCCCGUCAUUCAGGCUCAGGGUUGGAAAGGCGAUGUCGAGGGCAAGAGGAGAGUCGAGAAGGAGUGGAAGGGCUAUUCGCUGCAUCGAUAGGAGCAGUAGAGAAAAUAACAAUAACAAUGGCGCCGGUUACUCCUCUCAGUUUAUGCAUGUCUCGACCCGUUCCUCGUUCACGCAGCCCGGUGGGAAAUUUGACAUGCAUCAUGCGGUAUAGUCCAGACGUGGAG